AUGGUCCCAGCUACCCCAGUCUAUAAACAGGGCCAAUUGUUUGCCUUUUACAGAGGUGCGUGUCACCUUCCCUCUCCAGAUACAGGGGUCUCAGCAAAAGUCAGUUUGGAAGCCCAACAUGCCCAGGGCCAAGGGACUCCCCCUGGGUCCUUGGGUGGAGGGAAGGGGGUGCUUCCUGGGACCUGGUUUGGGGUGUGUGGGGCUGGAGAUGGCAUGACUGUAGUGAGAUGGUUUAGCUAUGUGCCAUCUCGGAGGACGGAGACCUUUGACUUCCAUGCCUGGGGCACUGGCUGGAGCUUUCUCCUAGAAUUAAAUCAGAGAAAAAAGGAGAAGAGGCUGGCAGGACCCACCAGGAAUGAAUCUAAUGAUGAAGUCCAGCCAGAAUUUAAGCUCAUUCCCCAAAAGCCCAGCCACAGGGCCGGACAGAGGGGCUGCCCCUUGGGCCCAUGGCCUGUAUCCAGAGCAGCUGUCCCCGCCCCCUCCACACCCAGCCUGGCCCAGGGCCUGGACCACCCCAGGCCAGUCCUCAGGUUCCAGGCAGGAAACAAGUUCGUGCCUCUUUCUUGCCAGUGA